CCCACCAUCGCUGUCGUUUGACGGCUCUUUUUUGUGAUUAGGCGAGGACGAGAGGGCAGUGCGGUUCGGUGCGAGUGGUGCGGCCGUGCGGUGCGAGUUCGAGGGUUUUCCCGCUGUCGCGGUCGUUUCCGUGGGUCUCGCGCGAGUCAAGAAAGGAUAGAGUGAGGGAGAGAGAGAGAGAGAGAGAGAGAGAGAGAGAAAAAAAAAAGUGGGGACGUAGAACGGGACCCGAGAGCGCGUUUACAAAGUCCGACGUCCGACGCCGUCGAGUCGCCGUCCAGUCGCGGAAAGAUAAUACGGUCGAGUCUAGUCGGUGACUAGUUUUUCCCGCCGGAUUUUCGCGAUCUGGCGCCAGCAGCAGCCGUCCGAGUCCGAGGCAGUCGUCCAGGAACGGCGGCGGUCGGUCGGACGUGUCGCUAGUGUGUAUAAUACGUCACGCACGUGCAAUACCGAGUACCGAGAUCCGUCGGCUGAGUCGGCUCUCUUGUUGUGUGUGUAUAUACGUAUACGAGCGUGUGUCCGUGCGUGCGUCCUGUCCUGUGUCGUGCGUCGUGCGUGCGUGCGUAACACCGCUCGCAGUCGGUUGAGUCGGUGUCUCGAGGAACCUCUCGCGGGUCCGAGGAACGGUGGAAAAGGAAAUAUAUAUUCGGCGAGAGACCGCGUGCGCGUGCCCGCGCGGAUCAGCAUCCCGAGUGCGCGGUGAGCGGCGGUGAACCGCGGCGGAGAGGACGACGUGUGUAAGCCGAGAAGGAAGAGGAGAUUAAAGAUGAGCAAGACGUGCGCCCGCUGCGAGAAGACGGUCUACCCGAUCGAGGAGCUCAAGUGCCUCGAUAAGACAUGGCACAAGCAGUGUUUCAAGUGUCAGGGCUGCGGUAUGACCCUGAAUAUGCGGACGUACAAGGGUUUCAACAAACAGCCAUAUUGCGAGGCACACAUACCAAAAGCCAAAGCCACCACGAUGGCGGAGACACCGGAGCUGAAGCGUAUCGCGGAGAACACGAAGAUACAGAGUAACGUCAAGUAUCACGCCGAGUUCGAGAAGGCGAAGGGGAAGUUUACGCAAGUGGCGGACGAUCCGGAGACUCUCAGAAUCAAGCAGAACAGUAAGAUUAUCUCAAAUGUCGCUUAUCACGGCGAACUUGAGAAGAAGGCGAUCAUGGAGCAAAAGAGGACAAUGACCGGAGAAAAUGGCGAGCAAAUAGAGUACGUAGAGUACACAGACGGUACGAUUGCACCUGCGUCGAGCAUAAACGCCAAUCCGCCGCCUGCAAGGACGGCGAAUUCGCCGGUACAGAGGACACCAGGUAGGAUCGCCGAUUACGAUCCCCUUAGCGAAGCGAGGCCGAGUCCCUAUUCCGCAAGGCAAGCUGCCACCACUGUCAUUUAUACGAGCGACAAGGGACCAGUAACGAAUCCACCGACACGAAAAAUCGGCUCGGUUGCUGACAUCGACCCAGUGAACGAAUAUUACGGAUCGUUAACGCCGGCCACAACGAUAAACAAUAAUCAACAUCAACCUCAGCAUCAACAUCAAUCACCGCCACCGCCCUCCAACGUUGGAAGAGUGUACAGAGCGAUGUAUGACUACGAGGCGCAAGAUCUCGACGAGGUGAGCUUCUGCGACGGUGAUUUGAUCGUCAAUUGCACAGCCGUAGACGAGGGUUGGAUGACUGGACUGGUGCAGCGUACGGGACGACACGGCAUGCUACCCGCUAAUUAUGUCGAACCGGCGCAGAUUUAAAUAUUUUUCAGGUCGAGCUUUCAUUCGCUAAUUGUUGGCCGCCAUUUCGAUUAGAGUGCUUAAAUUAGGGCGCUUUGAGAAGCCACCCGAAGAAAGAGAUAAUGUUAAAAAAAUUUACGUGAUACAAUACUCGAGAUAACGCUUCUACUCGCCUCUUGUUACUCGGCCGAGAUAAUAUGUUUGAUCGAAACGGCAAACUGUCAUCUUAGAAAAUCAGAUAAUCAGAUAUCUAUUAAAGUGUUUCACGAAAAAUCUUGAUAUAAAUUUGAGCUUUGAUAUAAAUUUGAUUACUUUUCUAUCUUGAUAUCAACUUGUCCAUGAUGUCUGUUUGGAUAAAGUUGAGUAUUUCACAAUAUUUUGCUAUAUUAUAUUGAUAAAAGAAACAGAUCUAUGAGAAUAAACACCAAAAUCAGUUUUAUAAAUGUCCGAAGACGUACGUACGUCUUGAGUAUCCACAAGUUGAGUAUAACUUGACUACUAGAUGACAAAGUUUCGUAUAUUAGAAUUCCAUGAUGGGACCAAACUUUACAUAACUGCAAUAAAUUAUGCCUAUUGCAAUUAAAAUUUUAAACAACUGUGAAGCGACACAAGCCUUGACCAACAAUUAAGAAGAAUUAAGUAUAAGAUAUUUCUUCUGCAAUGCAGUUUUAAAGCGUCACUUUUAUUUUUUUACUCUUAGCCACAGUUAUAUCAUUCCUCCGUUUCGAUAUGUUUUUUAGAAUUUAAAUUAUACGAUUAAAAUAUAAAUAUCAAGAAAGAACAUUAAUUUGGUUCAGUUGACAGUUGACUUUACGGACCUUUUUUUGUUAAUCAUUAUUUUUAUUGACGAGAAUUUUAUGUUACUUGUUAUUCGAUAUAAACUCUGACUAACACAUCAAUUAGAUAGAUUUUUAUAUUUCCGACCAUUUUGCAUUUAUAAGUAGUACUAUAUUCUUGUUUUUUAUAAUAAUAUAUUAUCUCUUCUUUUCUUUUACUUUUUCGGAAAUACUUUUCACAAAAUAAUAUUUUAGUUAUAAUAUCCAAACUUUUUUCUGAACGAAACGUAGGACGAAAUCUUCUCUUAUAUUCGAAAAGAAAUAAUGCAAUGUGCCUUAUACGUAUAGACUGCUAAUUAGUAGCGGUAUGGAUUUUUUAUCAUAAUGUAAAUUAUACGAAAGUGUAUCGGAAUAGGAUAUUCAAAGAAAUAUCAACAAAUUUUUACUUGCCGAUUUAAUGUAGUUUAAUUUGAUGUAAAAAAAUUAAUUGAUAUAAUCCUCUACCUCUUCCCUUAAAGAUAAAGCAGAUUGAAAUAAUAAGAAACAUAAUAUUAUUGACGCUAAAGAUGCUGACACUUGCCUUCCUUUUUGAUAAAAUAUGAAAAUUAUUGUUAGGUACCGUUACUGAUUUUCAAUUAAUUAACGAUCUAAAUAUAAAUUAAUUAACCCAUAUUUUAUUAUAUAGUUCUUAAGUUUUAUUUUGUAUGGUCCACAUAUAUGCUUCGCAUUUCUCUCCAAAAUUCCAUUUACAUUGUUGUAAUUAUAUUAUUUGGUUGACGAUUCUGAGGUUACCGAACAUGAGAUUUUAUCGAAAAUCAAUUGAUAUCUAGUUUAUCUUAAUGUCGAGCACUUUUUAAUUGUAAUUUAAAAUUUUAUGCAAUAUUAAUCGUAUUGGCUAACAUGACAACUAAUUUUCUAAGAUUUUUCUACUUUGGCGAUAAUCAUGCCUAUAAAUUGAUCCUUGAUAAAAUGUCGUGUUUACCACCACGGGGUGUUUCUUAGUGCCUUGUUAUUGCGUGUUUAAAUUAAUAUCAAACUGGUUCCUCAGAAAUGUAUCUACAUCCCAUUUACCUGAAUAGGCAGAUUAUAUUGUGGAACGAUGUCCGAUGGAACUGUACAGAUUAACGAACCAUGUAAAAGUUAUAAGUAAUUCGUUAUCUGCGAGUCACACGCGAUGUCGUUCGACCUCAUUUAUAAACGAAGAGAAUGAUAUUUUUGGAAACAUGUUAUUCAGCACUCUUGUAAUUAUUAGCUCGCUGAUAAGAGGAUUUCAUAUUUUAAUUGCAAGGUACAGAAAUAUAUGUUAGCGUUGUGUUUAGACAAAUAUUAUAUUAUCAUAGCAAAUCAUAAAUAAUGAAUAUGUAUGUUAUGUAAA